AUGGAGUUUGAGGGCAGCAGAAGGAGGGGAUCUAAGUACCCGUACGAGGGAAGCGACGAUGGCAGAGACGAAAGGUACCCACGGGAGAGACACAAUUCGCCAAGGGCGCGCAGAAGCAGGUCCCACUCAUAUAGAGCGAGACGGAACUCAGGGGAGAAUCACGGAGGUGGGGACAGGUACCAUAUGGACGGAAGAGGACGCAGAGAGAGGAGCUCGGGCAGCAAUCAACCCUCACGAGAAUCAUAUGCAAAGAGAAGUGAAGACAAUUCAAUGGAAGAGGCAAGGUGGCGAUCAAGGAGAGGGGAUCGUGAUGAACGUGACGAGAGGCUAGAACGCCGUUCCCACCGCGGAAGGAGCGACAGCCGGGACAGGAGGGAACGUCGAGACAGACGAGACAGACGAGACAGGAGGGACAGACGGGAUAGGGAUGACAGGAAAAGGAGGUCUGGUAGACUGAACCCUAAUUUGUCCUCCUCCCAUGAGCGCUCCAGGUCGAGGGAAAGGCGAAGAAGGAGGUUACAAGCAGAGUGCAUUAAAAAAGCAGGAGGAUUUAAAAAGCUAGCUGAUAUGGAAGGACAUGAAACAACGAGUGUGUUCUGGGAUGGCUUUCAGUGGGUAGCGAAAACGAAACAGUCAAGUACCUCCCACUUAGAUCCUGCAGUGAUGAAUUCUACAAGAAAGUUAAGAAGACUCUACUUUGGUAACCUGCCUCUACAUCUGGGUUUAUCUGAAAACGAAUUCCAGGAAACAGUGUGGGAUGAAAUGAAAAAAAGAAGAUUUUGUAAUGACGAUAAUGUUAAUCCUGUUCUGUAUGUGUGGUUUGCAAAAGACAAAGGGAAUUAUGGGUUCGUUGAAUUUUCUACUGUCGAGGAAACAGAGAGAGCAUUAACAAUGGAUGGCAUGAUGUGUAGGGGGGUCGCUCUGAAGGUUUCCAGACCAAACGAUUAUUCUACAAACACGAUGAAGCAUACUCAGUCUUCUCUUGUUCAGAAUGUGGGUACACUAGCUGCUGGGGUAGUUGUCACAGGGGGUAACAUGUAUGGCAAACCGCCACCCCCACCAGGGGCUCCCCCUCCAUCUGCGCUAAGGGAAGGAGUAGAUCCCGGGCAGGAUAACCAAAGUAACCUCGAAACAAAGUACCUACGCGUGCUAGAAAUUGUGUCUGAAGAGUCAAUUAGUAAUGAAGAUUAUUCCUCUUUAGUAGAAGAUAUAAAGGAUGGGUUCCACUCCCAGGGUAUAAUUAUUAACGCCAUUUUAAUAACCCCCAAGUAUGCAGGAGUCACUCCCUUCAAUGUGGGAGAUGUGGUGAUUGAAUUUGAAAAUGCUUCCUCUGUGGACAGCAGCAUAGCAAAUAUGUCAAAUCGUAAGUAUGAGGGUAGAGUCAUUCGAAUGACCAAAGUGGAUGAAGCCACUUACGACAUGCACGUGAAACCCAUCAUCAGGGACCUCUAUGAACAAAAUGGAAUAUAA